AUGGUGUGGCAGGCCAACACUAGACAGCCCACCAAGUCGGCCAAGCCGCUGCUCAAGGGCGCGCUUGUGACCUUCAUCCUGACAUUUCUGUUGACGAGCACCUACGUCUACCGCGAUACGAUCACUACCCAAGCGUCCACGAUCAAAUUCACCGACGGAAAAGUAACCGAUUAUUUCAAGUACCCAUUCAACGCUAGCGACCCCAACGCGAACUCAAUCGACUGGUUGAUUCACGAUGCGCGGGCAAGGCAAGAUGCAGUGCUUCGGAAGCGGAGUCGCACACUACACAACGCGGCCCAGCGCUAUCGGGAGCGGAGGGGUAGACACCCGCCUCCAGGUUUUCAGGAAUGGUUCCGCCAUGCUACGGAAACCAACGCGAUUGUGGUUGAGGAGUUUUUCGACCGCAUAUACGACGAUCUGAGGCCCUUCUGGGCCCUUGAUGCGAAGACAAUCACGAGCCAGGCCAACGCGGGUGAAUAUGUGGUACGGGUGCGCAACGGAACGGCGACAGGCGAAGGAGAUGCUGAGGGGAAAGAGCCAUGGCUAGACUUAUGGACCGCGCUUGUAUCCGAGUUUGCGAAACAUCUACCGGACGUUGAUAUGCCCAUCAACUAUAUGCAAGAGCCGCGCAUCCUGGUGCCGUGGAAGCAGAAGGAAAAGUAUGUCGCGGCAGAGGAAAAGGGUAGAAAAAUGCUACUAAAGAACAAGGCUACAAGCGAUUUCAAGGGCUUGGCCAGCGUAGAUGCCGCCAGAGGGAAGCCGUACUCGAGAGGGUGGACGAGCGGCGACCGUCGCAAGUAUUGGGACCUCGUUCGAGAGUCUUGCCCUGGAGAUUCUCCGUCUAGCAAAGUCCCCGCGGCAACAGACCUCUCUCUCCCGCCAACGCUGCCGUACUCCUGGCAGGCGCCGUUUUCUCGACAGGGCUACGUGCAGAACUUCACCAGCUCCCAAGACCCCUGUGUCCAGCCUCAUCUCCGCUCGCUACAUGGAACCUUUGUCGAGCCGCUGAAUGUCAACACGACGAAGGACCUCAUACCCAUCUUUGGCGGCUCAAAACUCCGCGUGAACUCGGACAUUCUCAUCCCGGGCGCCAUGUACCUGUCCGACGACCCCGCCUAUACCGGCGGCGACUCUCACGGCCCCGCCUGGCCGGACAAGCUUAACCGCCUCGUCUGGCGCGGCAUUGGGUCCGGGGGCCUGACGCAGUCGGACAACUGGAUGCACUUCCACCGCCAGCGCCUAGUUGAAAUGCUCAACGGGACCACCGUCAGCGGCAUGGAGGCCAACGAUGUCCGCGCCAUGACGUUCAAUAUGCCGCCCCUGGAGCGCUACAACACCACGCGCCGCCGCGAGAAGCGUCUUGGAGAGUUCUUAUCAGGGUUCGCGGACGUUGGAUUCACUCACCUCUCGUGCGGCCCUAGCCAUGACCGCCGUAAAGAGUGCGACUGGCUUGCGCCGCACUUGUCCGUUGUGAAUGCUACACCCAUGGCAGAACAGUUCUCGAGCAAAUUCUUACCAGACGCGGACGGGUACAGCUUUAGUGGGCGAUUCCGUGCGUUUCUACUAUCGACGAGCGUGCCGCUCAAGGCAACGGUGUAUACAGAGUGGCACGACGACCGCCUUGUACCCUGGCUUCACUUCGUACCGCUUGAUAACACCUUCCAGGACCUAUACGGGGUUCUGGACUACUUUACCGACGGUGACGACGAAGCCCCUACGAGAUGGGAUGUUCAUAAGGUUCUGGGGAAGAAAAGCAAAGGCGACGACGCGGCCAGAUGGAUCGCCGAGCAAGGCAAGACUUGGGCGGAGAAAGUUCUUAGGCGUGAGGACAUGAGGUUGUACGUGUGGCGCUUGCUGCUCGAGUUUGCGAGGCUGUGCGAUGAGCAUAGGGAUACGCUCGCGUACGUCGGUGAUUUGCCUUAG